AUGAGCACCAAUGCAGAGAGGAAGUUUAUAAAUCUACGGAAACGUUUAGAUCAGUUGGGAUACAGACAGCCUUUGGGGAUUGAAACCUUGCCACUGGUGGAGAAACUCUUCAGUGACCUUGUUCAUACCACAGAGAGUCUCCGUAAUGCCAAGCUCUCUGCUGGUAAGACAGAGAAGGAAAGUCGAAAUCUUGAUGCCCUCCUGGAACCAUACAAGACGGAAAAUGCCAGACUAGUCAAAGAAAACAAUGAGCUGCAUCUGGGGCUUCUGAAACUCAGGGAGGAGAAGGAUCGUAUUAGCAGAGAACUGAAGGCUUACAUCAGGAAGUUGGACCAUGAGACCUCAGACCUGAAGUUCCUCAACAAUCAGUAUGUGCACAAGAUCAGAGCCUUGGAGAAAGAGAGCAAAACCAAGUCUGAGCGCAUCCAGCAGCUGCAGGAGAAGAACAUGCAAGCAGUGGUACAGACACCAGGCGGCAAGAAGCGCUCUAUCCCAUUCAGACGACAGAGGAUGCAAAUAGAUGAGCUCCUUCCUCCCUCUCAUGGCCCCGCCCCACCAGCUGUGCCCCAGCCCGAUGAACCGUACAUUGCUGACCUUCUGCAGGUGGCUGAUGACAGGAUUCAGGAGCUGCAACAAGAAGUUACCCGAUUGAAACUAGACUUGGAUAGAGCCGAUGGAGGAAUCCGUCACCUCAACACACAGGUGGAGGAGAGAGACAAAGAGAUUGAGCGUUUGAAUCGAGCACUCGAUGGAGGCCGGCCUCAUGAUGUAAUUUCUUUGGAAGCUCAGAACGUCAGUAAUGAGAAACUCAUUGCUCAUCUGAAUCUACAGAUUGAAUAUCUGCAGGAGACAAAUAGAUCAUUGGAGCAGAAAGUUGAGAGCCUGCAGCAGAAGAGGCAGAACGCCUCUACUGAAGUGGCUGACCUCAGUGCCAGGAACCAGGAACUGUGUCAGGAACUCACCCAGAUAGAUCAACUCGCUCAGCAGCUAGAGAGAGACAAAGAGAUGGUCCUGGAGACAGCUGAUAUGGAGCUACAGGAGGCUAAGAAAGAGAUUCAGAGGCAGCACAGAGAGAUAGAAGACUUAGAGCAUGUCAUCGGCCAAAUGAGACAGUCCGUGGCUGAGGGAGACCAUGAGAAGGACCGCCUUAGGGAUCAGCUGGCCGAGGUCAAGGAGCAGAACGAAAAGAUGGAGGGAUUGAUGAAUUUCCUAGAGGAGGAAAAGAACAGACUUCAGGACAAAAUUGAGAAAAUGACUCAGGCUGAUAAAGAGAUGGUUUUGGAGUUGGAGCGCAUGCGGGUACAACACGGAAUAUGUGGGAAAGAUCUUUCACCAUCACGUCUCGAUGCCUUUGUGAAGAGUUUGGAGGAAGAACGUGACUAUUAUAGACAAGAGGCGGAGCGUUACCGUAAGGCCAGGAGAGGAGCUGACAGAAGCCCCAGUGUCAGCCCAUCCAGGGGGCGGAGCCCGAGGGGCAGAACUGCCUGGCAUGGCAGGGGAGACAGUGGGGACUCUGAGCUCUCUCGCACUGUGAAAGAGAGAGAUGAACUACAGGCUGUUCUGUCAGGCUUUGAGAGGCACAUGGAAGACAUCCAGACCAGAGUAAAAAUCCUAACUGCUGAGAGAGACCAACUAAAUACACAGUAUCAACAGGCUCAGGAGGAACUGAGGAGAAUGCAUGAUGAGCUGGACUCUUCUCCUGCCCUGCAGCAGAGGCUGAGGGAAGAGAGAGAACAAGCAGAGGCUGACCUGCACAGAAUAACAUCAGAGAGGGAUGCUCUCAGAGAGAGACUCAAGUUGGCCCAGACCUCAGCUCUGACAGACAGAGAACAGGAGGAGAUCAGGAUCUUAGACCUGGAGAACACCAUUCAGAUGUUGGAGAGGGAGAAGGCUGACCUGCGUGUCCAGGUGGCCGUGUUGAAGGAGAGUCGUGUGGCUGUAGAGGAGGAGCUGAAGGUUCGAUCUGCAGCAAUGGUCCAGAACGCGGAGGAGACCGCUCAGCAGAAGGCAGAGAGCAGUGCACUCAGACUUCUGCAGGAGCAGAUGGAGCAUUCUCUCUCUGAAGUUCAGCACAGACUGUCCGUGAAGACCAGUGAAUUACACGCUGCGCACAAACAGAUAGACAAACUGGAGGAGCGAAUUGGAGAGCUCAGUCGGCAGGGUGCCAGUCAGAGCGAUGAGGUGGCAGUGCUGCAGAAGGUGGUGGCGUCUCUGGACCGGGAGAAAGACGCUCUCCAAGACGCAGUAGAUCAAAAGACAGAGAGCGUGGUUCUGCUCCAAGAGGAACUGCACAAGAAGGAGAAGACCCUCUCAGAAGUGAGGGUCAACAUUACAGAACUUGAAAAAUCUCUCAGUCAGCUGAAGGGGGCGCUGAACAGCCGUGAGCAAGAGAUUGCCAGUCUGCGCAGACAGCUGGACUCAUCACAGGGGGAGCUCUCCUCCGUCAACAGGGACAGAGAGAUCGCACUGAGAGAAAACCGCAGAUUACAGGAUGACCUGGCCACCAUGACCAGAGAGAACCAGGCGGUGCAUGCCGAGAUGGAGGAGGCCUUACGUGAGAGGGAUGAGCUGAAGUUAAGAGUUCACUCCUACAUCUCAGAGGUGGCCAGAAUUGAGAACCUGUUGGGUGCCAAGGAUCAGGAGAACAGGGAGAUGCUGGAGAGGUUUCGCUCCGCCCACUCUGAGGCCGAGGAAAGGGAGCUGAAACUGCAGCAGGUAGAGGGACUCAACAACUCCAUCAGACUGGAGCUGCUCUCCUCUGACACGGAGCGCAGACACCUCCGCGAAAGAGUGGGUCACCAGGAGAGAGAGAUUCAGGAGCACAUGAGCGCCCUGCAGGCGUACGAGGCCCAGGCGUCGUCUCUGGCGCGGGCAGUGUCGCGUCUGGAGGAGGAGUUACAGGACGCCAGGGCGGAGAAAGCUGCCGUGCUGGCCGACCUGACUUCCGUCAGAGAGCUCUGUGUCAAACUGGACUCCGGCAAAGAGCUCACAGCGCGGCAGCUGACAGCCAAGAGCAUGGACCUGGAGAGGGUCACUGGUGAGUUGGAGGAUGUGCGCUCAGAGAUGGAGCUGCUGAAGAAGCAGUUGGCCAGUGAGAGACUCACAGUGCGUAACCUGGAGACGCUGCUCUCCACCAAUCGACAGAAGGAGUUCCAAACACACCUAAGUGCCAGCGAGAGAGAGUCUGAACUCAAAGUCCUGAAAGAGCGACUUGCCCUUGCAGACAGCAAAACGGCCAGUCAUGCCCGAGAGGUCUCUCAGCUGCGGGGAAAAGUCUCUCAGCUCCAGACAGAGAUGGAUGUGUUAAAACGACAACUGACCUCUGAGCGAUUUGAAAGGGAGAGGGCGGUUCAGGAGAUGCGCAGACAGGGCGUUUCUUUCUCCUCUCUUCGUAGCUCCUCCCCUCUCAGUGCCUCCCACAGCCCGCGUCCUCUCUCACCUGAGCGAUCCAUCCUCCGCACACCAGAACGUUCUGCUGACAAGUCACCAGACAAGUGA